AUGCGAAUACCGCUACGGCGGCGCAAGGAUGCCGUCGCCUCGGCUUCCUCGAUGCGACAGCCGGUCUUCUCCUUCGCCAGCGCAGCGACGUCCUUCCUCGCGCUGGCUUCGAUGGCUCCGGCACCUGCACAGGCACUAAAUUUUACCGCUGCACAGUCACCAAAUGUCGACCUCAGCAGCCUUGGUAGGAUAGGGAUUGGCGGCGAUUUCGCAGGCAUCUCGAUGUUUCAGUUCGAGGAGCAAACACAGAGCACCGUCUCCACAAAUGGAAGCGAGGGACUCAUGGCCCGGCUCCCGAACGGUGCGCUGACUACGAUUCUCCAUACCGAUGCCUCGAUCAUGGCGAUGUGCUCCUUCGUUCUUAAAGACGGCACCAAUGCCGGCGUAGUCCUCGGCGGAAACUUCACCAGCAUUGGCAGCCAGGAGGCCACGGCUAUGGUUCUGUUCAACCCCAACACCACAGAAGUCACUGCUAUUCCUGGGCUCUCCGGCCAGGUCAACGCUGUCUUGUGUGACGAAGAGCUCAACACCGUCUUUGUCGGCGGUAACUUUGUCGAAAAUAGCUCGACAAAUGCCAUUACCUAUGUUCACGGCUCUGGAUGGACUGCCCUACCGUUUGCUGGAUUCAACGGGCCGGUGACGUCCAUCGCCAAGGCAUUCAAUGGGCAUAUUAUCUUUGGUGGCAGUUUUACCGGUCUGGGAAACGUCAGCACGCCGAGCGAAGCAGACGAACAGAUUAUUAACAUCUCCACGGCCAACCUGACUGCCAGCGGCUCGACGGACACGACCGGAUUCUCCGACCCCGCCAACAUUGUUUGCAAAACAAACGGGACUGACGGCGCUGGGAAUACCUGGCUGCUCGCAGACGACACAGCUGGCUUCUGGGAGGCAGACUUUGGCUUCGGCUUCCAUCCGACCAAACUUCGGCUCUGGAACACGCACCAAGACGGACGUGGAACGGAAACCUGGCGUUUUACGGCAUUGCCCUUAAACGGCAUCAUGAACUUUACUUACAUCGAUCCCGACACCGGCGCGAAUUACACAUGCACGAGCGAGUGUCCUCUCAGCCACAGCAAGAAUGUCACAUACCAGGACUUUUAUUUCGUCAACUAUGUCGGCAUGGAUUCCUUUCGCAUCGACAUCUCGGCCUGGUACGGCAGCGGCGGCGGCCUAGACGGAAUAGAGCUCUUUGAAAACGAGAUAUUCUCGUACGCCAUCGACGACUUCAACGAGCCCAACUGCACGGCGUCGUCUGCAGUAGACGUGUCUUCGGCUACGUCGACGGGUCCUUGGACAGAGUCGCCGUCUUUCCAGAGCAGCUCCAGGUAUCUGACGGCCAGCUUGUCCUCGCCCAUCGAUUCCUCUUCUGCUUCUGUCGUCUUCUCUCCGAACAUUCGGCAGUCUGGCAACUAUACGGUUAACAUGUACACUCCUGGCUGCCUCCAAGACGGCAGCUGCGGCACCCGUGGCCAGGUAAACGUUACGGUAACCAUGUCCAAAGGCGUCACAUCGAGCGUCCGACUGUAUCAGACGAACAACUAUGACAAGUUCGAUCCUGUAUACUACGGCGCCGUCGACGCGGCCACUGAGUCCUUCCGGCCAACUGUGACCCUGACUCCUCUGGACGGUCAGUCGCUGAGCGAGAUGACGAUUGUGGCGCAACGUGUCGGGUUUACUCUGAACAACUCGACCGGCGGCUUAAAUGGGCUCUUCGAAUACGAUCCGUCACAGAGCUCGUUCGACACGAGCACCUUUUCUUCGUCGGCAUUCGACACGCUGGGCUCGGCCUUCUCCUCGGGCUCUGCCGUCAUGGCCCUUGCGACCAGCGGCGAGGUGACGUACGUUGCGGGCAACUUCACGUCGACAAACGCCAGCAAUAUUGUCUCGGUGAGCAGCAACGGCUCGUCUGUCGAGUCGCUUGACGAUGGGCUGAACGGCGGCGUGUUGUCGAUGGUGCUGAACGGCACGAAGCUCUUCACUGGUGGCAUAUUCAACUCGUCCAAAAGCGGAUCUGCGACGGAUCUGAACAAUGUCGCCGUCUUCGACACGACGACCAAUGUCUGGAGUGCACUCGGUGCUGGCGUGAACGGGCCCGUCAUGAAGGUUGUCCCGAUGACGAUGAACAUCACAGGGAGCUCUGCCGACGUCGUCUUUGCCUUUACCGGUGGCUUCGACACGCUUCUUGCUUUCGGAUCCAACUCGGCGGUGACUGUUGACGGGUUUGGUGUCUGGGUGCCGUCACAGGGCAAUUGGCUUCAGAAUCUGGACCAGACUGUGGAAUCUAUUAAUGGCGUAUUGCUGUCUUCGCUACUGAACGUGCCCGGGGCCGAUGCUCUCUAUGGCGGCUCUCUCUCUUACGCGCAGGUGGGCUCUACAGAUGUUGCGACGCUGACAAACUCCGGAAUUGGGUCGUUUGGAGCGCACGUCCUGCCGUCGUCGGCCUCCUCUUCCAGUGCAGUAUUGAAGCGGGACACUCUCUCGAGCAGCUCGGUAGCCGGUGUCCUCACGGGCGUCUUCGACACGUCUGGCAGCCGCAACAAGACGAUUCUGGGCGGACAUUUCUCAGCCAAGUCGACCAACGGCACGACAAUCGAAAACCUGCUGAUCAUUGACCACAACAAGAAUGGGUCGGUAUCGGGCUUAGGGUCGGGCAUUUCAAACUCGUCGACCUUUGCUGCACUGGCUGUCACGGGCAGCACACUCUUCGCUGGGGGCAAUGUGACCGGCACGGUCAACUCGGCGAGCGUGACUGGUUUGGUGUCGUACAAUCUAGCGACGGACAGUUUCACCAUGCAGCCUCCGUCGCUUUCGGGUGGCAACGGCACUGUGAUGGCCAUCAAAGUUCGGCCAGGCACGACGGACGUCUAUGUCGGUGGCUCGUUUGCACUGGCCGGCUCUCUCGGCUGUCCAGCAGUGUGCUACUACAGCACGAGCAGCAACCAGUGGAACCGGCCGGGCUCGAAUUUGGUCUCGGGCACGGUGAAUAGCAUGGUGUGGACGUCGAACUCUGAGCUGGCGGCCGGCGGCCGGUUUUCUGUGGACAGCAUCGGGACCGUUUUCCUCGGCCAGUACGACGCGUCGAAGAGCGUGUGGAGCAGCUUUCCCGGCUCGUCGGUCAUUCCCGGGCCGGUUGAUGUUCUCGUGCUCGGGUCGAGCGACGGGAGCGAGCUCUGGGUGGCGGGCACGGCCAGCUCGAACAGCUCUGUGUAUCUGCUCAAGUACGAUGGCAAGGACUGGGUGGACGCGUUGGGGGCCAGCGGUCAGACGCUCUCUUCUGGCACGAACAUUCGCAGCCUGCAGGUGUUUUCGGCGUCGCCGAAGCACGACUCGACCAGUGUCCUCAGUUCUGAUCAGGUUCUAGUGCUGGCCGGCUCGAUUGUGCUUCCAGGCUACGGCACCGUCUCAGCAGCCAUUUUCGACGGCAAGACGUUUAAGCCGUACAUGUUGACGAUGUCGUCGGGCAACAGGGCAAGCAGCAUUGCGAGCAUCUUUGUGGAAAACAACAACUUCUUCACGGCCAAGUCUCGCAAGCAUCUUCCGCUUGUCGGAGUCGUGCUCAUCGGCCUGGCCAUUUCGCUGGGCCUGAUGCUGAUCAUUGUGGCGGCUGGCCUCUUGCUUGACCGGUUGCGCAAGAAGCAGCAGGGCUACAUCCCGGCUCCGUCGAUGGCUGACACGGGAGCCAACCGAGCGUGGAUUCCGCCAAAGGAUCUCCUGGAUUCGUUGGGGCGACCGCCACACGAAGCGCCACAGCCAUGGGGCCAUGAGAAAGGCCCGUUGCCGUCUUCUCAUCUGACCCGACUGGACAACGUCGUGGCCACGCAGGGGAAGCAGAAGCGUUUAGGCCUUGUCGGUCUGUGGAAGGAGGUCUUCGACUGGUAUCCGGCCGAGUACCCGGCAGCGGAGAGAAGAUGCAUGAUCAUCUCCCGCUACCCGUCCUCCUAUAUGAGCCUCUGGCUCAAGGCCGAAAAGUACAGCGUGCCGCAGAUCAACAAGCUGCCGACCGGAAUCAGCGGCAUCUUCAUCGUCUCCUCGUUUGUGGCCUGGUACUUUUUCGGGGUGGCCGGCUUUGCGAGUCUGAUCCUCUACUCGGCCGUCAACACGAUUGUGAAGAACGACUCGGAAGAGAGAGCACUGAUCAUGGGCUCCAUGAUGACAUUCGGGUACUCGUUCAACAUCUGGGUGCCUCUUUUGCUCUUCCCGACAGCCGGAGAAUACGGCGCUCCUCGAUGGAAGAAGGGCUGGCCUGUCACGAUUGCCUUGUGCUUCUUCUUCUGCCUUGGCUUUACCACCGCCACUGUGCUCUUCCGGAGAAGAGAACGGCUCGUGGUUGGUGCUACUGUCGAGCUUAAAGUGUAG